UUCGAAAACAAGACUCAUGAUUUGGAACUGUGGACAUAUGAGAUGUACGAUGGCAUGCUUAUACAUCGAGUAACACAAAUAACGAACAGCUUUAGAAGAUACCAUCAAUCAUUGAUAAAUCAACGUCACCUGAAGGUUGCUGUAUAUCAAAAUUUGCCGUUUGCUUUUAUGUUAAACUCUGGCGAUUAUCGUGAUUUAACUGGAGGUGGAAACGUUAGCCUUGGAGGCGGAACCGGGAUUUUGUUGGCCGAGUUUGUUCGCUUCAUUGGCGGAACUUUGCAAAUCAUUCCACAGUCAAGAGAAGAAUAUUUUAACAAUGUGACACUCGGCGAUAGAAUGAUUGAUUUUGGUGCUAAUUUGCUGCCUAGUACGAAAGUUGCCACCGGAAUUAGUCCUCUGGUGAUAGCCACAAAAUAUUGUUUAGUCGUACCCUUUGAACGUCAGGUGGCUCUAUCAAAAUUUUUCACAGUUUUCUUUAGGUCUCCCACUUUAAAUGUAUUCUGCAUAAUUCUUCUUAUUGCCGUGACACUAAUCAAACGAUUGAUAAAUCCACACAAGCCGAUUGCUGAUCUAAUUUACAUGUCACUUCAAGUCCAUUGGGGACAGGCGAUACCAAUUCGAACCAUUAAUCGUAUGGGUAUAGCCGAAAAGAUUCUGACAAUUUGCGGAUUGAUCUUUAAUCUCUAUAUAACCACAAUUUUAUCUUGCAUCUUGGCCACGACACUAACCACCGGCAAUCAUAUGCCUGAAAUUAUCGAUAUUGAAUCAUUUGUGGCAAACGACAUCAGUAUCAUGAUUUCUGAAAAUCAGAUGAAGGAACUCUCGCAAGUCGAUAAUAUUCCUGUGGAAUUAUCCAGGCGUAUGUUUGUUGCACCCCAGGAAAAACUUGAGCGAUAUUUGAAUUCCCUUAACGAUAGUUACGUAUACCUAAUGGAGACACAUCGAUUUGCACAAAUGAAGUUUAUGCAACAGCGCUUGCGGCGACCCAAACUAAAAAUGGCACCCGAACCUCUAUGCACUCUCGAUGUAUAUCUCCGAUUGCCCAUACAACGGGAAUUAAGUUUCCUGUUGGUUUUGACACGCUUUGUUCAAGAUGCCACAGAAUCGGGACUGAGAGACAAAUGGAUGCAAAUGGGAUUAGAGCAGUUAAAGCAGGCAAAUAUGAUUCGACAAGCACCUUACGAUCCACCUUCAUUGAGGGGCCUUUCACUAUCAUUCUUUACAUUUGGGUUCCAGAUUUAUGCUGCUGGCAUAAUAUUGAGCCUGAUUGUUAUGCUAAUUGAAUGUAUCUAUGGCUACUGGUUAAAACGAUCUUAUAAUUAUAAUAAUGUAAUAAUAGUAUAAACAUCAUCAUAUAUAUCUUUUUUUUGUUACUUUAUGUGGCUUUAAUAAAUUUUGCAUUAAU